CCACAUCCACCAACAAUCGCUCGACAACAGCAGCUACAUCACUUUUCUUAAGCAAAACAUAUACAGAACGGAUCAGAGGAAGAUGGCGACGGUUCUAUGCCCGAGCGUUUGCGGCGGCCGCCGGAGCAACAUCUCAUCCGCCUUCCACGUCCGACUGCCGAUGAAGGAGUUCGCUUCCUCGUGUUGCUCGGCGGAGUUCUCCAAGAUGGUUAAUCCCCCGUGCGUGGACUGGAGGGAGACGCCGGAAGCUCACCAGUUUAUGGUGGAUCUUCCUGGGGUUAAUUACAAGGAAGAAGUUAAGGUCGAAGUUGAGCUUAAGGAAGAUCGGGUUUUAAAGAUUAGCGGCGAGUGGAAGGCGCAGAAGCCGGAGGAGGAGGAGGAGGAGGUGACGUGGCACCGGAGGGAGCGGAGCAGUGGAAAGUUCGUGAGGCGGUUCCGGUUGCCGGAGAAUGUGAAGACGGAAGAAGUAAAAGCUUCAAUGGAAAAUGGAGUUCUCACAGUGUCCAUCCCUAAGGAAGAAGUGAAGAAGGAUGAUGUGAAGAACGUCGAGAUCGAUGGCUGAAUUACUACAGCCUUAGUGUUUGUUAAUUAUUCGUGUGCAUUAGUUUAAUUAUUAUAUUUGGGUAUUCCCAAUAUAAUAUUGUGAGUUUGAAGAGGAAAACAAAAUAAAAAUUAUUUCCGUAUUGUAUUAA